AUGAUUUUGCCAGAAUUUAUCGAAGGUGUUGGCAACGAGGUAUUGAUAUGCGCACUCUCCCUGGGAGGGAUUCUGCUUUGUGUUGGCUUCCGAUUAUACAGUCAUGGCUUUCGUGUUCUCCCAUCACCAUCAAAUGCACAUAGUCAGUCUAUGAAUUCGAAUUCCCAUAAUGUGGAAAGCACUGAGCAUGCUGAUUCCGAUGAAGUUGCCGUUGCUUACCAUACUGGAGUUCUAGAUACGGAUUACAUGGAGUCUCUGCGUGAUGUCAACCAUCAUCAUGAAACUGAUUCUUUGGAGGUUGGAGAAAGUUCUCAAGGAAAAACACGGGCGGAUAAUGAAAGAGAGUUACGAGAGGCAAGGGCGCAGGGCAACAUUGUUCUGCGGCUGCAGUACCUAAAUGAUCGAGUACGCUACGUGCAUGCCCCUCCUGAAAUGCCCGUCCUUCUGUUUAAGCGAAAGUUCUUCGCUGACGAGUUGGAACGCCAGCACAAGAGCGUUCGCCUGAUAUUUCAAGGCCGCGAAUUGAAGCCUUCAGCGGCCGCAUCUCGCGACAGUCCCUCUCGUCGUCGUCUUUGCGAUUACGGCGUCUCCGACAACGCCACUAUCCACUGCCUCAUUAGUGAUGCUCCACCCAAUUCAGCGUCAUCGUCAUCUUCGACCUCGGCGGAUAGAGUCGCUUCACCUGCCGGUUCAGUGCUACGACCUAACUUCUCUGCGCCUGAAGAUUUAGAUUUUGGAAGCCAUGCAAUGAUGCCUCUCUUCGCCUUUCUCCUCACCUCUGUAUGGAUCUUUCGCAUUGCACACGCAGAAUACUUCAGCCUUGUAUCAACCGUUGCGCUUGUCUGUCUUUCGGCGCUCUUUGCUGGAGCAGUAUUCAGUUCUGCUACAGUACAUCGAAGGCAUACUGCGGAGCGGUCUUCUGUCGCUGCAGAGGAGCGGAAACAGCUUCCCAUCUGGUCACAUCGGGAGGAGCUAGUGGAAAUAGUGAAAAAGUAUCCCAAUUGUGUUAUUGUCAGCUCUACCGGCUCGGGUAAAACGACACAACUGCCUCAAUUCCUGUUUGAGGCUGGCCUCGCAAAGUCAAAUAUGAUAGCUAUUACUCAGGUUAGUUGCGUUUUUUGCACUUAUUUUUGA